ACUGCCAGCACUCUCGUUGUAGCUGAAGCCAAAUCUUCUGGAAUCUACAGUUGUGUAGCAUCCAAUAAAGUGGGAAAAGCCGGAAGAAACGUCAGCUUUAUUGUAACAGAUGUACCAAGUGGAUUCCACAUUAGUUUGGAAAAAAUGCCCAUUGAAGGAGAGAAUUUGAUAUUGUCCUGUUCAGCCAACAAAUUCCUGUACAAAGACAUUGCUUGGAUUUUACCGAGGACAGUCAACAACCAAACGAAAGCAAGAAGGUCUCUCAACAGAGAGUACUCCACCACCCUCACUCUGACCAUCAGGAACGUUUCCCUGGCACACUCAGGCACCUAUGCCUGCCGAGCAAGGAACAUAUACACGGGGAAAGAAGUGGUUCAAAAGAAAGACGUUACAAUCAGAGCUCAAGAGGCACCAGCCCUGCUGCAGCACCUUGUGGAUCAGACAGUGAACACCAGUAACUCAGCCAUGUUGGAGUGCCAGGUUCGUGGCAUCCCUGAGCCCCAGAUAUCUUGGUUUAAAAACCAUGAGGAAAUACAGCAAGAAUCAGGAAUAAUUUUAGGGCCUGGAAGCCGUAUGCUGUUUAUUGAAAGAGUAAAAGAGGAGGAUGAAGGACUUUACCAGUGUAUAGCCACCAACUUAAAAGGGUCCGUGGAGAGUGCAGCCUAUGUGACGGUACAAGGCACAUCAGAGAGGUCAAACCUGGAGCUAAUAACCCUGACCUGUACCUGCGUGGCUGCAACACUCUUUUGGCUCCUGUUGACCCUCUUCAUUCGCAAGCUGAAGAGGCCUUAUUCCUCUGAAAUGAAGACCAACCAUUACCUGUCAAUCAUAAUGGAUCCUGAUGAAGUCCCCUUAGAUGAGCAAUGUGAACGUCUGCCUUAUGAUGCCAGCAAGUGGGAGAUUGCAAGAGAAAGGCUUAAACUAGGAAAGUCUCUUGGACAUGGAGCUUUUGGAAAAGUGGUGCAAGCAUCUGCUUUUGGAAUUAAGAAAUCGCCAACAUGCAGAAUAGUUGCUGUGAAAAUGCUGAAAGAAGGGGCCACAGCAAGCGAGUACAAAGCACUGAUGACUGAGCUGAAAAUCCUGAUCCACAUUGGUCAUCAUCUCAAUAUUGUGAAUUUGCUGGGAGCUUGUACAAAAAAUGGAGGGCCUCUGAUGGUGAUUGUUGAAUACUGCAAAUAUGGGAAUUUAUCAAACUACCUGAAGAGCAAGAGGAAUUUUUUCUGCCCUAACAAGGACUCCUCUCUGCAAGGAGACCCAAUGAAUGAGAAAAAGGAUAUUGAGCCGGUGGAAGGCAAAAAACAAAGACUGGCUAGUGUCACCAGCAGCGAGAGCUUCGCAAGCUCUGGGUUCCAGGAAGAUAAAAGUCUGAGUGAUGCGGAGGAGGACGAGGAGGAUGCAGGUGAGCUCUACAAGUUGCCCCUCACUAUGGAGGACCUGAUCUCCUACAGCUUUCAGGUGGCCAGAGGCAUGGAGUUCCUCUCCUCCAGAAAGUGCAUUCAUCGUGACCUGGCAGCCAGAAACAUCCUUUUAUCUGAGAACAAUGUCGUGAAGAUCUGUGAUUUUGGCCUCGCAAGGGAUAUUUAUAAGAAUCCUGAUUAUGUGAGAAAAGGAGAUGCCCGACUUCCUCUCAAGUGGAUGGCUCCAGAAUCCAUAUUUGAUAAAAUCUACAAUACAAAGAGCGACGUGUGGUCCUACGGGGUCUUGCUGUGGGAGAUAUUUUCCUUGG